GCGUUCGGUGGUGCAAGCGGCCGAGUUUUCAAAUCGAGUUUCCAAAAGCGAGCCAAACGGACGAAGUUGUUGUUUUGUUUUGGUUUUUUGUCGCAAAUUUCGCGCGUCUUUUUGGCAUCGGUGUGUGCGUGCAGUGCUUCGCCAGGAUCUGUCGCCUGUCCUCGCUCGUGACUCAGAAUCAGACUCAGACUCAGACUUUCCUCCGGAUCCUGCGGAGCGGAGCGUACGUAUCUGCGGCUCCAGUUGCAGUUUCAGUUGCCGGAGUGCGGAGUGUGCGAGUGCCUCUGUGUGUGGCAGCCGGCAUAUCCCCGGCAUUGUUGUUGCUGUUGCUGGCCCAUUGUAAUUGCAGUCAGUGUGGCAGCGCAACGCGGCGUAUACUUGACAUCCUCGCCGCCAAAUUGUGCGAUUUCCUGAGCGCGCCCAACUCGCGCUCGUUCAGCUCCUUGAAUCUUUCCCUGUUUUCCCGGCUCCGUGACUUCUUCUUCGGCGCCCUUCUUCGACUCCUUGCCACAUUGGCGUGAGGACGUGAAGACGUGAAGAGCCCUCAAAAUCCGCCAUUCCACUGUGCUCGCAAUCCAUUUGCCUGCUGCCCUGGACGGGCAAACAAAUUUUUGCAAUUCAAUUUCUAUUGUGCAUUGCCGAUGCGAAAUGUGCGCAUCGUUUGCUGUCAAUGCCAAGUAUUCCGCAUAAAAAUUGAAAAUCGCAUGCAAAUUAAAUAAAUAGACAUCCGAGGACGGAGUGAGCAGCUGAGAUAGACACCCAGCAGCACACACACUCGCAUAUAGAACAGAUAUAGCUAUAUCUCGGUCUCGAUCUGAAUCUGGAACCCUGUGCAAACCUCGCUGCCUCGAAAAUGACAGUUGUGAGUUGUGGCUCAGUUUUGGCUUCGAGUGCGGGGCGCAAUCAAAGCAAACGUCAUUAGCACUCGCGACAUCGCCUUCGAUUGACACCAGAGGAGGAGGGGAAGUGGAAGUGGAAGAAGGGUAGAAGCAACCAUCCAACCAGCAGGAGCAGCAACAACACCAAUAGCAGAUCCUGCGGCAGGAUUCGGCAGCCAGGAGCAGGCACGAACAACUUCGCAUUUGCAUAACUUUCGGUGCAGCGCCAGCGUUCAGAUUCCGAUUCACAGAUGUCAAUGGGCGUGGCAGCGGGAGGAGAGGCGGACCAGCUGAAAAUCAAAGCCCAAUUGGCACAAACACGCGGUAAAUAGAAUUCGCAAUCGCAAUCGGAAUCGAAAUAGGAAUUCACAUUCAAAUUCAAAUGCAAAUAGAAAUAGAAAUUGCCACGAGACCCCCACAGAACAAAAAAAUAGCAACUAAAAUACCCAUAAAAUAAUAGGAAAACAAAGAGUGCCAAGAGAAACAGCUGCUGCAGCAAAUAAAAGAACCGCAACAGCAAUAGCAGCAGCAGCAGCAGCAGCAGCAACAACAACGAAGGCACAGCAUAACAACUGCGGCAACAACAACAACAACAAAAUGGAGAAGCUGCUGCAAUCGACGCUGUUUGUCAUCCUGAUAAUGGCCACAAAAUGCGGCAGUGGCUCGACCCAGAACCAACAUCACGAGAGCAACUCUCAGCUGGAUCCGGAUCCGGAGUUCAUUGGCUUCAUCAACAACGUCACGUAUCCGGCAGGACGCGAGGCCAUCCUGGCCUGCUCAGUGCGGAAUCUGGGCAAGAAUAAGGUGGGUUGGCUGAGAGCCUCCGAUCAGACGGUGUUGGCUCUGCAGGGUCGUGUGGUCACCCACAAUGCGAGAAUCAGCGUCAUGCACCAGGAUAUGCACACCUGGAAACUGAAGAUCAGCAAGCUGCGCGAAAGCGAUCGAGGCUGCUACAUGUGUCAGAUAAACACGAGUCCCAUGAAGAAACAAGUGGGAUGCAUAGACGUGCAAGUUCCACCGGAUAUCAUAAACGAAGAGUCCUCCGCCGACCUGGCCGUUCAGGAAGGCGAGGAUGCCACACUCACCUGCAAGGCGACGGGGAAUCCCCAGCCGCGAGUCAUUUGGCGCAGGGAAGACGGCGAGAUGAUUCUCUUCCGCAAGCCCAACAGUCGCGAGUUCAUGAAAUUGGAAUCCUACAAUGGAUCCUCGCUCAAGCUGCUCCGUCUGGAGAGGCGGCAGAUGGGCGCCUACUUGUGUAUAGCCUCCAACGAUGUUCCACCUGCCGUCAGCAAACGAGUCUCGCUAAGUGUGCAAUUUGCUCCCAUGGUGAGGGCCCCCAGCCAGCUGCUGGGAACGCCGCUGGGCUCCGAUGUGCAGCUGGAAUGCCAGGUGGAGGCCUCCCCCUCGCCCGUCUCCUACUGGCUGAAGGGGGCGCGGACGUCCAACGGGUUCGCGAGCGUCUCCACGGCGAGCCUCGAGUCCGGCUCGCCGGGCCCCGAAAUGCUGCUCGACGGACCCAAGUACGGGAUAACGGAGCGGCGCGAUGGCUAUCGCGGCGUUAUGCUGCUGGUGGUGCGUUCCUUCUCGCCCUCCGACGUGGGCACCUACCACUGCGUCAGCACAAACUCGCUGGGCCGUGCCGAGGGCACAUUGCGGCUGUACGAAAUCAAGCUUCAUCCGGGCGCCUCCGCCAGCAACGAUGAUCAUCUGAACUACAUCGGAGGUCUCGAGGAGGCGGCUCGCAACGCGGCAACGCGGGGCAGCCGGACGACGUGGCUGCCGCUGCUCGCCACGCUAAUGCUUCUGUGGAUGCGGCUGAAACUGAGGGUCGGGGGAGCGUGAUAUCAAAACUGAGAGAAGAAGAGCCGGCAAUCAAGUAUUCCUACAGAUUCCCUCGGACACCGACAGCGACAUAGACAUCGACAUCGACAUCGACAUCUUUCUCUCUCUCCAUCGCCGCCUGCGUUCUUGUUGUUCGUUUCCGUUUCCGGUUCCGUCUCGGUCUCGGUCUCUGAAUCCGACUCCGACUCCGAGUCCGACACCUUCUCCCCGACUCCAACGGCCGCCCACGCACACAUACUCGUACAUAUUGCCGGAGGCGCCGCCCGCUGCCUCAGAUAUCAUUUGCAUACGUAUCAGGAAACGCGUUGUUCCCACCCGCUCAGCACCCCAACCCCUGCCAAUCCCCGCCAACGCCCCCAAAACCUGCCAACCUGAAGAGGAUAUCAAAAGUGGACUAUUGGAAGCCAAGCCCUACCUUCCCCUGCCCCGAAUAAUGUUACAUUGCAUAUAAAUUAAAUAUGAAUACUAUAAAA